AUGGCUGUGCCGACCUUUCCUCAGUCACAUGGAAGGUUGUCAGCUGGUGCAGCUCCACAGGUCGACGCAGUCUUGAAGCAGUUCCUGAACGACUUCCCCAGUGUGAUCGGCUUCGUUGUGAUCAAUACGGAUGGCAUCCCGACCAAGUGGCACGAGAGCAUGCCCUACGAAAGGGCUGUGAUUUACGCGGCGCUCAUGUCCGAUUUCGUGGCUCACUGCAAGAAAAGUCUGCGGGAACUCCUCAGUGGUCCUGCGGAGUCGGAGCUUGCGAACGUGAGGAUUCGAACUAGGGAGGGCACAGAGCUCAUCUGCGUCACCCAGACCGAGUACAUCUUCGUAGUGAUCCAGAACUGCUCCGCGGCUGUGGAAUCACCUGACUUGGUGUAG